CGUCUCUCACUGCUUCAAUUUAAUGCAAUGUUUUAUGAGUUUUUGUUCCCCCAUCAUCAUCAUCGAGUUUCAAUUCAAUGUCCCUUCAAAUCACAGAGGAGAAGAAGAAAUUUUUUAAAAAAAAUUAUAAAAAAAAGCUGCCCUAAAUUAAAAAUAGUCUGAGUUCCCAUUUUGCUGUCACCAUUUUCAAUCCCUUGAACUCCCUUUUUCAAUCAAUCACCGACCCUUUCGCCCUUUUUGUUUAGUUUAUUGUUUCGUCAAAGAUAGAUAUGCGUGCAUUUGAUGUGAGCAUCAAGUAUUCGUUCUUCACAUGAUUAAGACAGUCCCCUGAUCUCUUCAUCUUCUUCUGUUUGUACCCAUUAAUCUUUUCCCUUCUUCUCAUCCUGUUUAAUCUUUUUUCAUAGUCAUAGCUUCGUUUGCUAAACAGGCUACCUCUUUUUUUCUUCCCUUUUAUCUUGAAGUUGAAGUUCUUCGCUGGAUUCUGCCUUUUGGUCUCUACUUCAGUAUUUCGAGAAGUGGGGUUAGCUAAGCUGGACUGAAACUAUCAGUUAAUUUUUACUUUUAAGAGGAUAAAUGGCAUCCAUCGGGGAUAUAGGAGUUGGGGCAGCCAUUAACAUUCUUAGUGCCUUUGCUUUCUUUCUAGUAUUUGCUUUACUUAGAAUACAGCCAGUAAACGACAGGGUCUACUUUCCCAAAUGGUAUAUCAAAGGCUUAAGAGGAAGUCCAAUGUCCAGUGGUGCACUUGUAGGCAGAAUUGUCAAUUUGGAUUUCAGAUCAUACUUGAAGUUCCUGAACUGGAUGGUUGCAGCUUUGCGGAUGCCGGAACCCGAGUUAAUCGAUCACGCUGGGCUUGAUUCUGCUGUUUACUUGAGGAUUUAUUUAUUAGGGCUCAAAAUUUUUGUGCCCAUUGCAUGUCUGGCCUUCACAAUCAUGGUACCUGUUAAUUGGACAAAUGGAACUUUGGAGCGUUCUUCUUUAAAUUACAGCAAUAUAGACAAGCUUUCCAUUUCUAAUAUUCCUAUUGGAUCCAGUAGAUUCUGGACCCAUUUGGUAAUGGCUUAUGUCUUUACCUUUUGGACUUGCUAUAUAUUGAGAAAGGAGUAUGAGAUUGUUGCUUCAAUGAGGCUGCAUUUUCUUGCAUCUGAAAAUCGGCGUCCUGAUCAGUACACGGUAAUUGUUCGAAAUGUACCACCAGACCCUGAUGAAUCUGUCAGCGAGCUUGUUGAACAUUUUUUCCUGGUCAAUCAUCCUGAUCAUUAUUUAACCCAUCAGAUUGUUUAUGAUGCAAACAAACUCUCUAAGUUGGUCGAGGAGAAGAAGAAAAUGCGAAAUUGGCUAGAUUUCUACCAACUUAAAUAUUCUCGAAGCCAGUCUAAGAGGGCCACUGUGAAGACUGGUUUUCUAGGUCUUUGGGGAGAUCAGGUCGAUGCGAUAAAUUAUUAUUCAUCAAAAAUUGAAAUCCUAUCAAAAGAAAUAUCACUGGAGGCGGAUAAGACUGUGAACGAUCCUAAAUCAGUCAUGCCAGCAGCUUUUGUUUCUUUCAAAUCUCGAUGGGGUGCUGCUGUUUGUGCACAAACACAACAGUCAAGAAAUCCAACUAUUUGGUUGACAGAAUGGGCUCCUGAGCCCCGUGAUGUGUACUGGGACAACCUGGCAAUUCCUUUUGUUUCACUGGCAAUCCGGAGGCUUAUUGCUGGAGUUGCCUUCUUCUUCCUUACCUUCUUUUUCAUGAUCCCCAUUGCAUUUGUUCAAUCCCUUGCAAACAUUGAGAGUAUUGAGAAAACGGCUCCCUUUCUCAGACCCAUUAUUGAAUUGAAAUUCAUAAAGUCAGUUAUCCAAGGUUUUCUUCCUGGAAUCGUAUUGAAGAUUUUUCUGAUCUUUCUUCCUUCAAUACUGAUGAUAAUGUCUAAAUUUGAAGGAUUUAUUAGUCGGUCGUCUUUGGAGAGAAGAUCCGCCUCAAAAUAUUACAUAUUCCUAUUUGUUAAUGUGUUUCUUGGCAGUAUUAUUACGGGAACUGCAUUCCAGCAGCUUAAUAAAUUUCUCCAUCAAUCUGCAAACGACAUUCCGAAGACGAUUGGUGUCUCCAUCCCCAUGAAGGCAACUUUCUUUAUUACCUUCAUAAUGGUGGAUGGUUGGGCUGGAAUUGCUGCUGAGAUUUUGAGACUUAGGCCUUUGAUAAUUUACCACCUUAGAAACUUCUUCUUGGUGAAGACUGAAAAAGAUAGAGAAGAAGCCAUGGAUCCAGGAACUCUCGAGUUCAACACGGGCGAGCCUCGAAUCCAACUUUAUUUCUUACUUGGCCUUGUUUAUGCUGUGGUCACGCCUCUACUCCUUCCGUUCAUUGUAACAUUCUUCGGAUUGGCAUAUAUUGUCUAUCGUCAUCAGAUAAUAAAUGUGUACAAUCAAGAGUAUGAAAGUGCUGCAGCUUUCUGGCCCGAUGUCCACGGGCGCAUCAUUGCCGCGUUGGUUGUUUCACAACUAUUAUUAAUGGGACUACUCAGUACAAAAGAAGCUGCUCAAUCAACUCCAUUGCUUAUCGCAUUGCCAAUCUUGACUAUAUGGUUUCAUAGGUUCUGUAAAGGCCGUUAUGAACCAGCUUUUGUUCGAUAUCCAUUACAGGAAGCAAUGAUGAAAGAUACAUUGGAGCGAGCAAGAGAGCCAAACUUAAACUUGAAAGGAUUUCUUCAAAAUGCCUACGUCCAUCCCGUUUUCAAGCAUGAUGAAGAUGACGUAGAAAUUGAAGCAGAUUCUGAAGAUUGGCAGCAGGAGCCAGCGCUGGUGCCAACAAAACGGCAAUCACGUAGGAAUACGCCGCUGCAGAGCAAGCACAGCGGUCCAUUAUCAUCUUCACAUUCGGAAGUUGAUGGAGGAGUUUCAUAACAUUCAGAAAUGGUGAGCCUGAGCUUGUUUCUAAUGGUGUAUAUUUGGCUUGAGAAGAAAAGCUUGUCUCUAAUGGUGUAUAUUUGGCUUGAGAAGAAAGAGGGGUGGCCAAUGUAAAUGAUGAGUUAGGAAUAGGAUAGAGGUUGAGAAAAUUUAUAAAACUGACAAAUAGUACAAUUUUUCUGUUAUGUUCUUAGAAUUUUAAAAAUUAAAUUGUUAUUUAGUGAAUUUGAAAUAAUAAAAUGGUAAUUUAACAUGGAA